AUGCAGCCUCACGAGCGAGUCUCCCCCUUCAAACUGCAUCAUCCGUUGCCUCAUAAGUCCGGAGAGUUGCUGAAUGCCCUCACCUCCUCCUUCCGUCGUCAACUCGACCGCGAACACCCGACCAACAACUCGCCCGCUUCUGAACCCAGAAAUGUCUUGGGCAAGCACUCGCCACCGGAGAACCCCAAUUCUUCCAUUCAUGCCACGGAUAAGCACCUUCGAAACAUCUUGGACAGCCCUCUUUUCAGACAGUGUGCCGCAAACCCGAAUCGUACGCCCGUCAAUAGGUACUGGGGGCAGAAUCUGGCGACAAACCCCAUGGCGGUUUUUGAUGAGCUGGUGACUGUAGGUGAAGUCACGGAUGCUCGCCUUCGCAGAUGCUUGAAGUCCCAGCUAAAACUCAACACGGCCGCUCCCCAAGGUCGCGUCGUGGAAGCCAUGAGAGACUCCAAAGCGGCUUCCAGGGUUGUCAACUGGUGGUGGUCAACCGAUGAAAAGACAAAAAAGACGCUUUUUUACAGUAGCGAGACAAUGUACCUUCUCACGAAAUUCAUGGUUGCGGAAGGCAUGCAGGACAUCCUCCUGGUGUGGUUGAAGACGUUCGCACAACCGGGCUGGCCGCUCUCUGCAUCUUCUAUCUUUCUAUCAGAGUUUCUCCGCGCCGAGAAAGAUCAUGGGCGAGGGCUAGCCUCUUCAAUGCGACACUACCUACGGGCACGGGACAUGUACGUGUCGGAGGGCUUUGACCUUGCCGGCACCGACUCAAUGGGAUCGCAGGUGUUAUUCCUUGCGGGUGGUCAUUUGCUUCGGUGGUUCAGAGCCAACAGAGUGCAUAAUGACAAAGGGUAUGACAACAAGGUCUCUGCAUCUGAAUCCGAAGACUACGAAGACUUCGCCCAGCUGAUGUCCACGGUAUCUCCAUUCAAGCUGUAUUCCACGUCUGUGCAUCUCUAUCACCCUACACAGCCUAACGCUCAGCCUUUUCUCGAGUUUCUUCGUACCAAAGAAGGUGCCGAGUCUCUGUCAUGGCCAUACCAGAGGCGGAAAUACCUUAAGCUUUCUAGCUUCGAUGCAAUUCGUAUCUUGAAUGACCAGGGGAAGUCGGAGGACGUUAAUUGGCUGAUGGGUGCCCUGCAAGAGCACCUGUAUGAGUCGGAAGCCGACGGCAAAACGUCCAUGAAGGAAUUGGAACAGAACAACGUUGUGCGACUAGAUCUUCUGGCUUUCUGA